AGCAGUCUCGCGUAGGCGCAGGACAGUAUUAUAAGCAAGCGCCAGCCCUCUAGGUUCGUUUCCACCGCGUCAUCCGUCGCGCGGUGUCGUGUGUGAAACAUCGAUCGAAAAUUAUCGAAUUAUUUGUGAUUGUGAUUGUGAAGUGAUAAGAUGGCCGGUUCCUUACUAGUCAUAGCACCUCUGGUGCUCUUUGCGUGCCUGCAAGUUGGGGUAGAAGCUCAACGCUACUACAACUACUACCCUCGCGGCUACUACGGCCGUAACCUAGGUUCCCUGUACGAACAUGGACGCUCCAUUUCCGAUAACCAGGUGGCUUGUGGGGCCCAUACCUGUGGUGUGGGAGCUCACUGCACUCAGGGCAGUGUGAGGCCAGUCUGCGCCUGUCUGCCAGGGCAUUCUGGAGACCCGCUGUCGCAGUGUAUCAGGAUUGAGUGCGUUGAUAACAGCGAAUGCCGAAGCCAUCAGACUUGCGUUAACCAGCACUGCGUUAAUCCUUGCGAGGGCACCUGUGGCAUCAAUGCCAACUGUGAUGUCCGCAACCAUGUUCCGGUCUGUACUUGCCCUGCUGGAUACACCGGCAAUCCCUUCUCUUCCUGCAGAGUUGCCGACCCAGAGGAAGCUUGCCAUCCGUCUCCAUGUGGAUCAAACACGAAAUGCCACGUCGCCAACAACCAAGCCAUCUGUACCUGUCUUCCUGGAUACAGGGGUAGCCCACUGUCCGGCUGCCGUCAUGAGUGUGAAUCCGAUCACGAGUGCGGCUCGCAGCAGACUUGCCGCGACUUCAAGUGCGUCAGCCCUUGCAGCGACUGCGGAGUCAACGCUGACUGCGAGACUGUUGCUGCACAUCGCGCUGUUUGCAAGUGCCCCAGAGGCUACCACGGCGACCCCUACCGCAUCUGUUCCCCCGAGUGCACAUCCGACGGCGAGUGCCCCAGCUACAAGCCCGCCUGCGUCUACAACGCCUGCAUCAACCCCUGCACCAACGUCUGUGGAGUCAACGCUGACUGCAACCUCCGUGGCCUGACCCCUGUGUGUUCCUGCCCGAGGAACAUGACUGGAGACCCCUUCACUUACUGCAGGCCUUUCGAAGCUCGUGACCUUUGCGAGCCCAACCCCUGCGGUACCAACGCAAAGUGCACCCCCGGCCACGACAGAACCGGAGCUGAGCGUCCCGUCUGCACCUGCCCCUCUGGAUACAUUGGAAACGCUCUCGUCAACUGCGAACGAGGUGAAUGUGAGCUGGACUCCCAAUGCCCCGACCAUCUGGCCUGCGUCGGUUUCCAGUGCGUGGACCCUUGCCUCGGCAACACCCAGUGCGGUUCCGGAGCUGUGUGCAUGGGCAGGAGACAUCUUGCCGUCUGCACUUGUCCUCAAGGUCGCAAUGGCGAUGCCCUGGUAAACUGCUACGAAAGCCGAUCCGUCGCUGCCUCCACUCGUUACUACAGAUACAAGCGUAACGGCAAUGGCGACCCUGAACCUGCUGCCGUCUCCGAAGCUACCGUGGAAGAGACAGAAGCAACCCAAGCUACCGAAGCGAAGAGCGAAGCAAAGGAGGGCGAAGCGAAAGUUGAGGCGACCGAAGCACCUGAAGCUAAAGCUUCCUCUUAAACGGACGUGGAAAAGAUAGAUUAAGUCUAAACGCUGCCAAUUUUAUAAAAGAGAUUGUUUGUCAAUGUAUAAAAUCUAGGGGUUUUUGUUGUGAAUGUUACAUAUGAACACAAUUUAUCUAGAUGUUUGUUUUGCUGAGUAAUAAAACUAAUAUAUUACUGACAGUGUAAAAUCCACGUCUGCUGUUGACAUAGUAUUAAUAAGAAAUAUGUUUUAAUGAAUGGGGACAUUUUUUAUUUUUAAUAAAAAAUACUGAACCUAACUUUA